GCAGCCAGUGCGAGCUGCCCCCAGUGACUCCAGACAGAGAUCUUUGGCGAAGGACUAGCCUCCUGAGGAGCACCUGUCGAAAAGAAAAUCGGGCGGAGUGUCGCGAGUGUGUCGUCGUUGUUCCUUUUGUCGAGUGUGAAAAAGCAGUGCGCAGAAUGACAUUUAAGCAGUGGCCUUGGCAGGCCCUUCUCAGCCUGCUCGCGGUGUUGUUCCUCGCCGGCGGAUGCGGGGCGGCCACCGAGCAGCUGGGCGGUCCGCCCAGCCCAUCGCAGAGUGCCGGGGCCAGGACGCUCCUGCGGGUCUACGACGAGUGCACCCGCGCCGAGGCGGGAUUCGUGCCAUGUCUGAAGAAGAAGGCCAUCUCCUUCAUCGACCGCCUGGCCCCCAUCGACGCCAUCAACGUGGCCGACGGCAUCAAGCUGGUGCGCCUGGAGGCGGCUCCGCCCCCGGCCACCAGUGAGAACGAGCUGGAGUCUUCGCUCCCCCGCUCCGGAAACGACCGCGACGCCAAGCUCACCAACAUGCUGAUCGAGCGGCUCAGCUACUUCUUCAACGGACACUCGCUGCAGGUCAGCUUCCCCAAGCUCACAUCCGAAGAGAUUGGACGCGGAUUGGAGGAAGGUCGCGGGAAAAUGAAGAAGAUGAUGGGCAUGAUGAUGAUGGGCAUGGCCAUGAAGAUGAUUGGCAUGAUCCCGAUUGCCAUGGGAGCGCUCUACAUACUGGCGGGCAAGGCGCUGAUCAUCUCGAAGAUCGCCCUGCUCCUGGCGGGCAUCAUCGGGCUGAAGAAGCUGAUGUCGGGCAAGUCGUCGGGCGGCAGCUCCGGCUGGUCAUCCAGCGGCGGCGGCGGAGGAGGCGGUGGCUGGUCGUCGGGAGGCGGAGGAGGAGGCGGCGGUGGGUGGGAUAGGCGAUCCCUGACCGAGGCCCAGGAGCUGGCAUACCGGGCCCACAGCCAGGAGCAGGCGGCACAUCCGCAGAGCCAUCCGCAGCUGCAACAUCUGCAUCCGAAGGCCGCGGCGCCACAGGUGGUGGCCAAGUCGUAGGACGGAGUAGAAGGAGGAGAUGGAGAUGGAGAUGUAGAAGGGGCACCCAGUGUCGGAUAGCUGCAUUUAUCUUGUGGAUAAAUCACGAACGACGGACGAAUUGUAAUUAGAUAUACAUAAACUCUCUUUUUGCACUUGCACUGCGGGGCAGACAAGAUGACUUGAUGCACUUGCAACGGUUCACUCGGCGCACAGUGGCACCUAUGGAUACAUCGAGCGAAAUGUAUCUAGAACGUGCGUUCCCACUGGGCAUGCGGAUUUUUUAUAAUGAUUAGUAUUUGCUUUAAUCGAUUAUGUUUUGUCUAAUGUAUCGCUCUGCCCUGCUCGGUUCUUCCAUCGGCGUUUACUGUUACUGAACCCGGCCUCUCUAUCUUUGUAACUCUGUAUCGCUGUAUCUGUAUAUUUACCUGCAUCUGUAUCUGUAUCUGUAUCUGCAUAUCGCUGUGCCUCACCUCCUAUGGCUAACUGCACUCGCUAUUUUCAAUUACCUCUCGUACUUCCGCUUCUGCAGCUCCGUUUUUCACCUCACCCCACUGGCGCACUCACAUUAACUCUAGCCUGUCUUACUGUACGUAGCCACUAAGUGUAAUAAUUUAUUUAACUUAUUUAUUUAUUUACUAGCCGUAAGUGUAGAUCGCAUGUAAGCAGCAAAGUUUUCAAAAAACAGAAAAGCAAAAAAAAUGUAUACAAUAAAACACUGAUACCAAUCGAA